AAUUCCCACAUACCGCGAUAAUAGGGAGUCCACCUCCAUUCGCAUAUUCCGAGCAUUUUUAUCACAGGCAUUUGAAAAGGAAGAGUUAUACAACCUAAGAAACUGGACAAUUCGGGAAGGUUAGCGGGCAAUCUCUAGUCCAAACAAGAAACGUGAUAAGUACCGCGAUAAUACGGCGUUCCAUCCUACAUGCUUACUGCCUCUGCCAGCAUCCUACUGUCUGAAAAAAACACCAAGGACAUUUCACUAAAUGUCCAGAACUCCAGUUGACAGAGUUUGAAGGUUCUACCAAGGAUGUCAACUGUGGAGCACAUACAGGAUGCAGAGCACACUGAUGACUUAUCAACGCGUACCGCUCAACAUCACUUGAAUGAGAUUGUACCUGACACCGUUAAUUGUAAAGAGCGCCACCUGUUAUUUGGUUAUCGAUCAACAUUAUGCAGCAGAUAAUGCAGCGGUAGGCUAUAUAGGCCUGUACGUCAGCUUUGAAAAUGGAGUUGAAGCCAGACAGACAGGGGGCAUAGGACUGCAUAUUUGCUCGGAGAGUUACUUCAACAACGACGAUAGGUUCAACUACAACUAUGCGCAGGCCAAAGCCACAGCAGGCAACUACAAGGAAGCAGAGGAGAUUUUUGAGCUCAUUCAGAGUGAGAAGAUCAAGAAUGACUACACGUGUCUCUGGUUGGCAAGAUGCUGUGAGUAUUACCGUCAAUUGUGAAUGACGUUUCCUCUUCCAACUUCAAAGUUGCUAAUUUUGGGAAUGAAUCCACCUGUUAAGCCUCAACUCAUAAUGUAUUGACCACUCACAA